AUGGAUGAAGAUGUCGAUCUGGUAGAAUACGAAGCCUCAGUCUCCUCUAAUGAGUCAGGCUCUCUGAAUGUGAUCCAAUUUCUUCCAUUACCUUCCACUCAGAAGGAAACCGAAAUGUCGUGCAAAAAUUUGAACCAACAAGAUCAACAGACAUGCUCAGAGGCUGACCACUAUUCGAAACAGGCGGAACUGAGCGUUGUUACUGAUGCUGACAUCUCUGAUGCAGAAACACCAGAAGAUGGUUCAAUCAAGCGCACAAAUAGCAAUACGAAUGAAGAAGAAGAUGGCUAUGACAUGGAUACUGCUCUUUCACUUUUGGCAACUGACAAAGCGGUCAGUCGUGGUGAUCUUCUGUUGCCGUUGCAGAGGUUGAUGCUACGCGUAAGGAAACUCGGUUGUAUUGUAGAUGCAGUCCAGGUAAAAUGCACUCGUAGAAAACUGAAAUGCUCUGUGGACGCUUGUUCUUACAGGGGACCAAACCCCGAAAGCAUUGGAUUUAGGUGUACUCUGCCGUCCGCCAUCGAGAUUGCAGCCCAGUGGAUUUGUAUUUGUGUGGUAGACGUCAGCCGUCAGAACACUCUUCUAAUCAAGCUCAUCAAUAGUUUGAGAGAUGAAGGGGAGAAUGCUGAACGAUCACAUGUGAUGCCAAUUUCGUCUAUUUCACGCAAAAAACUGCUAGAUUUUCCUUUUCGAAUAUGUAGCCGCCACUUCAGCACGAAAAUCACGGAUACUUCUGUUUCUGUCGUACCCGAUAUAAAUCUUCCUGAAAGAUCGAUGAUUUUUUAUGAGGAACUGUUGCCUCGACUCCGGCGUCGAUAUGUCUUCCUUUCUGAAACAGGAUACGAAGACAUAGACAUAGAUAAACUUGAGCCGAAUGGGAUUUUAAUAUCACCAUAUGCCAAUCCUCUCCCUUGUGAUGUACCAGGUGAGCUUUUCGCUACUAUUCUCAUGGGAUAUGUAAAGAUGUUCUCCAUCCCAUCAAACAGCGCCGACUAUGGAAGAUGGCAUAAGGCUAUUCAGAAUGGUAUUGGAUUACCUAGCACUUUUGAGUUCCACCUUCCUGAAGCUGGACAUGUUUGCGAGAUGCAUUUUUCAGAAGGGAAACGUUACACAAGAGGAGUUAUGCAGGAUCCAAGCGUCUUCCGCAAAUUGUCUGUCGAAGGUGUUAAUCCUAAACUUUCUCAGCUAGGACCAGUCUGUCUAACAACUUGUGCGAUCGCCACCUGUUCAAAUGCGGUUAUUGACACCGUAUGUGUCCCUUUCCCAAAACCAGAUGACGACCUUUAUCAUCGUUGGAUCGACGCUCUAGCGAUAGAUGAUGAGUCGAACGAAACUAAAUUCAUCUGCUUACGACAUUUUUCGCUUUCUCGAGAAGAAGGUCUUGUCCCUAUCAUAUGUCUCAACGGAGAAGCAAAACUAGAUUUCUGUGGGGAUCAACGAUUGAAAAGAAGGCACGAAAAUAUUGAGGAGGAGGUGAAAAAGAACAGACUCGAUGCUCAAGAAAAUGCUCCCGAUUUAUAUCCGACAAAUAAUGGUGGUGAGAGAUCUGAACAGGAAAAAAGCUGUUGUGUGGAAAGCCGUCGCAUUGGCGAAACAGUGGAGCAAAUAGAAAUGAAGGCCCGCGUAGUUGAACGUGUUGUUGCUCAACUGCAAAUUACUUGUAAGAAUCACUACGAUAAUAAAGGUGAAUUCAACCAUUACAUGAAGUUUCAACUCUUUGACAUACUAUCUGAAUUACGGUCACAGAAAGGAGUUGUUCACUCUUUGCGUCAAAGACUGGAAGACUCAGUAAAAGAUCCAGACAAGCUCCGUUGGGCUAUAGACUAA